AUGGUCUCCGGAGAGUCUGAAUAUGGUCCUGGACUUUUUCUCAUCAUUCCGCUUGUGGUGAUCAUAGCCAUCUGGUGGUGUUGCAGUUGCUGCUUCGAGAAUAUUCCCCAUGAAGAACCGACACAACGACAAUUGGAAGAUGAUGAAAUGCAAAAGACCACAGCAGCAAGCGGUACAAGGACUACUACCGCUUCACCGGUAAUCCAGAAGUAUGAAAAGGGUGUUAGCCUGGUAGGAGAUGGUACGUGUCCUGUGUGCAUAGAAAAAUUUAAAGAAGGUGAAUAUUUUCGUACCUUGCCGGAGUGCAAGCACUCGUUUCACGCUGCAUGCAUUGACAUGUGGCUCUAUUCUCAUCCGAAUUGCCCAGUUUGCCGCGCCACUGCUACACAGUUCACGGUUGUUGUUCAGCGGUAG